AUGUGUAGAGGUGUACAUGCCAGAGAGGAGGUGGAGAGUGCGGGAAUGGAUAUUACCCAGGGAAGAGAGAUCUUACCGGCAAAUGUUAUUCCAAGGCACUAUGAUCUUACAUUAGAGCCGGAUUUCAAAAAGUGUACAUAUGAGGGUACUGUCAUAAUUGAUUUAGAUGUUGCUGAGGAUACUACUUCUAUUUCUUUGAAUACUCUGGAGCUUGAGAUACACAGUACCAAAGUUAUUGCUGGAUCUGAAGCCAUCAGUUCUACUCCAGAUGUCUCUUACAAUGAGAAUAGCCAAACUACUAAGGUUGCUUUCAAUCAGACAAUCCCAAAAGGAACAAAGGCACAAAUCGAGAUGAAGUUCACUGGCCAACUCAACGACAAGAUGGCAGGUUUCUACAGAUCAACAUACAAGAACGCCGAUGGAUCCGAGGGGAUUCUGGCAACAACCCAAAUGGAACCAACUGAUGCCCGAAGAGCUUUCCCUUGCUUUGAUGAACCAGCUCUCAAGGCAGAAUUCACAAUUACCUUAGUCGCGGAUAAGCACCUCACCUGCUUGAGCAAUAUGGAUGUUGCUUCGGAGACCGAGGUCAAGGAAAACAAAAAGGCUGUCAAGUUCAACAAAUCGCCCCAAAUGUCAACCUAUCUUCUGGCUUUCAUUGUUGGAGAACUCAACUAUGUCGAAACAAACAAGUUCAGAAUUCCAGUCAGAGUUUAUGCUCCUCCAAACCAGGACAUUGAACAUGGAAGAUUUUCGUUGGAUCUUGCAGCCCGAACCCUGGAAUUUUAUGAGAAGACCUUUGAUAGCCCAUUUCCUCUGCCGAAGAUGGAUAUGGUCGCCAUUCCCGAUUUCUCUGCUGGUGCCAUGGAGAACUGGGGCUUGAUCACUUACCGUGUAGUUGACCUUCUGUUCGACGAAAAGACCAGUGGUGCCUCCACAAAGGAAAGAGUUGCAGAAGUCGUUCAACACGAGUUGGCUCAUCAAUGGUUCGGUAAUCUAGUUACGAUGGACUUCUGGGACGGUCUCUGGCUUAACGAGGGUUUCGCGACCUGGAUGUCUUGGUAUUCUUGCAACGCCUUCUACCCUGAGUGGAAGGUAUGGCAAAACUACGUAACGGAUAACCUUCAAAGCGCCCUUGGUCUUGAUUCCCUACGAAGCAGUCAUCCAAUUGAAGUACCAGUUAAGCGAGCCGAUGAGGUCAACCAGAUAUUUGACGCUAUUUCGUACUCUAAGGGUUCUUGUGUUCUUCGUAUGAUUGCAAGCUAUUUAGGAGAAGAUGUUUUCAUGGAGGGUAUCCGUCAAUAUCUUAAGAAACAUGCGUACGGAAACACACAAACUGGAGAUCUCUGGGAUGCAUUGAGCAAAGCAAGCGGUAAGGAUGUUUCAGCAGUUAUGGACAUCUGGACAAAGCGUGUUGGAUAUCCUGUUGUCAGCGUGACAGAGAAUGAAGACGGACAGAGCAUUCACAUCAAGCAAAAUCGUUUCCUACGAACAGGGGACGUCAAGCCUGAAGAGGAUGAAGUUUUGUACCCUGUUUUCUUGGGUCUUCGUACCAAAAGUGGCGUUGAUGAGGAUCUCGUGUUAUCCAAGCGAGAGGAGACGAUCAAGGUCCCGGGGGAUUUCUUCAAGCUAAAUGCAAACCAUACUAGCAUCUAUCGAACAUCAUACAGUCCGGAACGACUGGAAAAGCUCGGAAAAGCUGCCAAGGAAGGGCUAUUGAGCGUUGAAGAUCGUGCAGGAAUGAUCGCAGAUGCAGGAGCUCUCGCUUCCUCCGGGUACCAGAAGACUUCGGGUGUCUUGAACCUAUUCAAAGGUUUCACUAGUGAAACCGAGUUUGUUGUUUGGACGGAAAUUCUUGCCCGCUUAGGUGCUAUCCAGAGUGCUUGGGUUUUUGAGGACAAAAAAACCAGAGAUGGACUUGAAUCAUUCCACAGAGAACUUGUUAGCGGCAAUGCUCACAAAUUCGGCUGGGAAUUCAAGGAUAGUGAUGAGCAUGUUUUGCAACAAUUUAAAGCUAUGCUUUUUGGUAGUGCUGGUUUGUCUGGUGACAAAGUCAUCAUUAAAGCCGCACAGGAUAUGUUCGCCAAGUUCGCUCAAGGCGACAAAUCCGCUGUUCAUCCAAACAUUCGUGGUAGUGUUUUUGCCAUUGCCUUGAAAUACGGCGGCAAGAAGGAGUACGAUAUUAUUUUGGAUUGCUACCGUACCUCCAUAAAUAGCGACGAACGUAAUACUGCUAUCCGUUCCCUAGGACGAGCCAAAGACCCAGAAUUGAUCAAACAAACUCUCGCUUUACCAUUCAGUGGUGAAGUCAAGGAACAAGAUAUUUACCUCCCAAUCAGCGGGCUUAGAGGUCACCCAGAAGGUAUCGAAGCGUUGUAUGUUUGGAUGACGGAGAACUGGGACGAACUUACACGACGAUUACCAGCCGGAUUAUCUAUGUUAGGAACGAUGGUUACCAUUUGCACAUCGAGCUUCACCAGUGAGCAGAAUCAGAAGCGAGUUGAGGAAUUCUUCUCGGAGAGAAAUACCAAGGGCUUUGACCAGGGCCUGGCACAAAGUCUGGAUAGCAUCAAGGCAAAGAGUGCAUGGAUUGAGAGAGAUAGAGAGGAUGUUAAGGCCUGGGUCGAGGCAAAUACUCAAGUUAAGAGCGAGCUUUGA